CCCAGACGCUUUCUGCCCUCCUGGAGCUUGUCCACACCCUCGGAAGCCAUAUUCAUGCGGCCUAAGAAGAGCCUCGGGUCUGAUCAUGCCGAUAUUCCAUGAUCUUGACGACUCUCCCUCCAAUGCUCCAAGCUCCCGGCCCACCUCUUCCCCUAGAACUGGCAUUCAGGGGGCAAAUGACCCGGCGAUAGCUUCAAGAGCGGGUUUCUUCGACAAAACACUCCCGGAGGAUGCUACGAGUUCCUCAUCUCACCCAGAUGUACUCAGUCCUGGUGCCAAUGACGCUAUGCCGUCAAUGCUGCAGAGAGUGGAGCUGAUUGAGAGGAUAAAGAGAGGGAAUAGCCCGUCGUGGCCGAGCCACCAUAUCAACGGAAGACGUCCAUCCCCCGAGCAGAGUUUGGAAGCACUACCCCGACCACGAGAGAGGUCAACAACCCCUUUGCUGCCGGCAGCAGAGUUGAAGGAGUCUCGCAGGGGCACCCCCGAUCCACUGUUCGAUCAUGCCUCUGCUGGGAUUGAGAUCGAACGUCCCAAAUCGGCCCUACAUUCUGGAGAUUUCAGGCAAGAUGAUGAAACAACGUCCUACAAAAGCUCCACAAACACACCUUUGGCUACGUCUCCAGUUGCCCCGUGGCAUCAUUCCUUCCCGUCGUCCGCAUAUCCAUCUACACGGACCGACCCGCAGUUUCCCCCAAGAGGCUUUUCAAAGCAUGAGAGUCGGCCAGGUGUGAGAUCGAGAGCUGCGUCUCACACAACCCAUCCAUCCCCAUUCAUUCUUAUGCCGCCAACAAGCCCAUUGGUGCAGCAAUCCAAUAAUACAGACCUGGACUCAUCAAGACCACUUUCACGACAGGGCUCUAGAAGCCCGGAAAGGAACAACAGAAGACACACAUUUUCUCCGCAAUCUUUCCAGACUUUCAAAUCGUCUUCUAUGGAACGAUCAACCUCUGGAACACCCGCAGGGCGACACUUCUCAACUUACCGGAAAGAAGCAACUUUCCCCUACCAAGCUCACCAGCCACGCCGGUCUAUGACUUCGAUGAGCCAGAUUCAUUCUUACUCCACUCCACAGACUCCACUCAUGCACGCCCGACGGCCGUCUAUCUCAUCAGAUGCUUCGCCUCUGCAGCAUGCACCCAUGGUCGGCUCAUACGAGGAAUCCAUUCUUAGAGGAAGGAUGUCAACGACCCCCUCUCGACCUCUGGAUUUUGUCGCAAAAAUAGGUGUGUUGGGAAAGGGGAACUGCAAACCAAAUCUCCGCUGUCCCGCUCAUGUCACUGUCCCGUUUCCGGCUGUGUUUUACAGCUACAAUAGUGGAAAUGGUAGGAUAGCCGACGACUCGCCAAGUCCAUACGUAGGGCUCAUUGACUUAGAGCACUCACUCCCAACACCGGAUGAUAGUGGUGAUGGAGUCCGCAGGAGACGCAGGCACACUGUCCCCAAUCCGAACCAUGAUGAGUUGGAUAUUCCUGCUAGCCCGUGCGAUGAGACGGUCGCAUCACAUACUAAACCCAGCAUCCGAAAAUUAGAGAAGAUGAAAAGGAGAUCAGCAUCCCCUAAAUCACCUCCUGGUGGCAGCUAUCGUAUCCCACAGCAAGGCCAGCUUCAAAUUGUGAUCAAGAAUCCCAAUAAGACAGCAGUAAAGCUCUUCCUUGUCCCAUAUGAUCUCUCAGAUAUGGAGCCCGGUCAGAAGACCUUCAUCCGUCAGCGUAGCUACUCCGCUGGCCCGAUUAUUGACAUGCCACUUUCAUCUCGAAAAAACCUGGGAACAGAGUGUCCGGAAGCAGCGCUGAGUAAUUCUGAUGACCCGAACGACCGCCCAAUUCUUCGAUAUCUUAUCCAUCUGCAUAUUUCUUGUCCUUCUAAGGGACGCUAUUUCUUGUAUAAAGCAAUCAGGGUUGUGUUUGCCAACAGAGUUCCUGAUGGAAAAGAAAAACUACGGAACGAGAUCCAGCUUCCUGAACCACGGUAUAGCACUUACAAACCGAGUCGUGACAGCAUUCCACUCUAUACACCAUCAUCUGCUGCGAUUCAACUGACCGCAGAUAAGGCUUUUCGGCGGCGAAGCGCUGGACUAUCACUGUCGCAGCAUGGAUACGAUCAAUUAGAUGGAAUCGGCCUGCACCCGCCGUUGCCUGCGCCGGCUUGUCAGUUUACAGGCGCCAGUAACAUAACAUCAGGAGGCUACUGUACUCCUACAUCUUCCAUAGGUCCACAGCCACUCAAAAUCGCUCGCCUCGCUGCCGUCGACUCUAGACCCGUCAGUCGGGAUCGGAUGGAUUUGGACGAUAGUCCAUUGCGCUCCCAUGCCAGUACUGCAACAACUUCAAACGUUGCUGGGAGUCCUCAGUCUCCUAUGUCCGGACUUGGGAGCCCGAUCGGAGCUGCUUUCGAGACUUACGACAAGCUAAGGCGAGGUGACGUUGGGUAUGGUGGUAAUGCCUUUCGUGGUGUGACUGGUUCAGACAGCACCGCUACGUCCGGUGCAGGACUGUUAGCUCGAAGACUCAGAGGACUAGAUGUACAAACACAGACAGACAAGAAGGCUGAUGAGGAGGAAUAAUUCGCAUCGAUUUCGGAACAGUAUAUUCUUGCCCAUAUCUUCACAAUGUUUGAGGGAGUAAGAUUUCAGAUCGACUCACGUAUUUUCCUUUGGGGCGUUUGCAUAGACUUAGAAUACCCACAAGCGUUUUUCAUUUACUACUGGUGUUUUUAGACACCUGAAUAUACUAUUUAUAACGCUAUUUGUUAAAUUCUAGGUAGCUUUUUUAGCAGGGCUACUAGUACUCAAUCAGAAGCAGGG